AUGACAGAGGACUAUAGUGAGGAAUACGAGUGGUUUGCCUACUACAUAACCGUAACAUCAAUUUUGGUCUUCAUUAUAGUAUGGUCACUUCUUCCCAAUGAAAGUGCUAUAGGUCAACUACACAACGGGUUAUUUAAGGCGAUCUUAGAAAUUUUGCCACAGCGAAACUGGGUAAUCUACUCGCAGGCGUUUAUAUUAAUGGGGAUGCUAUAUACCUAUUUUGGUAUUCUAAUGUACAAUGAGGAUGUGUUAACGCCUUCACUCGAUGAUCUACGUACCAUCACGGAUUCAAAGGGUAAGGUUGCUAUUGCUGAUAGCGAAAAGAAGCUCAUCGAUGAAUAUGUAUUCAAAGAGACUAGUGCGAUUAUCGAUAUACCCAUAAUGGAUGUGUGUAGAAUAUUAUAUGGCGAUAAGUAA